GGUAUUUAAUAUUUUUUUUUGAUGGUAUAUUGAUAAAAAAGCCUACCCCUCUCUCACAGUAUUUUGUGCUGAGUUGAAUCUCAUCUCCACCACUUCAGCCUGCCGGUGCCAUCCUAUCAUCUUCACCACUAGCAGCCCAAUCAUCGCGCCGCCUUCUCUCUCUCAACUUCCCAAGCUCGUGCCGUCAAACAUUCAAAUCGGUAAAUGGCGUCAAGCUUGCAGAAAAUUGAACGAGGCGAGUCCGUCCUUUUGCGAGUCACUCAUUCCAAUCUCAAAACUUUCAACCCCGACAUUCGCUUCUCCUAUCAGCUUACAAUGGAAGCCGUGAAGGAGAAGGUUUGGAAAAAAUGCGGUACUUCCGUCGACUCAAUGAUACUCGAACUAUACGACGAAGAUGGUAGCAAAGUCGCUGAUCCAAAUGAUAAUUCUUUACCUCUUGGAUUCUUUUCUCCCCUUGAUGGGUAUCGUUUGCAUGUCAUUGAUCUUGAUCCAGCAUCUGUUACAUCUGGUGGAUGGUUGGAAGAUACUUCAUUGGUGGAAAAAUACGAAAUUUCUGAAGAAGCAUAUAAUAAGCGAGGAGACACUUUCAGAAAAUAUAGGGAGAAGUUAACUUCUCAAGUUCCAUCGACUGUUGAAGCCAAGACACCAGACACCUACAUGGAAGACAUAUGCGCUAAUAUAAAGGUAGGAUCCAGAUGUGAAGUUGAACCUGGAGCAAAAAGAGGUGUUGUAAAAUUUGUUGGUCGGGCCGAACCACUGGGUCCUGGUUUUUGGGUUGGAGUUCAAUAUGAUGAACCCUUGGGAAAACACGACGGCAUGGUCAAAGGAGUACGCUACUUCCAAUGCCCUCCAUCUCACGGUGGAAUGAUUAGGCCAGAUAAAGUGAAGGUUGGUGACUACCCUGAAAGAGAUCCAUUUGAAGAGGAUGAAAUUUGAGUCUUAACGAAGAAGUUACUUUUAGGUGUGCAGGAUUUUUCUCUACGGUUUUCCUUAUUGUAGAUUACAAUAUUAAUUUGUUGGCCUUUCGACUCUUUGUAUUUUCAUUACCUUGAAAGGAAACGUGUGGAAAAAAAAAUUAGAGUUUAUUUCAACUGUAAAUGAGAGCUGCUACAUUAGAGACAAAAUGCUUGUGAAAGUAUAAAAGAGGGUGAGAAGUUAAGCCUAA